CGCGGCUGGAGGGCGUCAGGGUGCCCGCGGGCUUUUGGGACGUCUCUUGAGCUUAGCUCUCGGGGCUCUGGGCGCCUGGAAUGCUGUACGCCAGGGCGCGGUGGGCACCGGGGGCGGGGUGCCCUCUGGGUGCCUCAGUGCGGGGCCGCGCCCGAGCCUGGCCGCACCGGGGUGACGGAGUGGGGUCGCCUCUCAAAGGGUAAAUAUGAAUCUUGCCUUAUCUGGCUCCUGCGGGCUCUUCCCUAAAUUCACCUUGGAGAAAGAUGGAUCAUGUGAGCGGGACUGAGAGCUUUAUGGAGCCGAACUCCCGCAGCUGUAAAUCACCCUGUCCGCCUGGGUAUAAAGCGCCUGUCCAUCCCGGCGAGGGAGAGAGGAGACGUUCACCGUCCCCUGACCCCCAGCUCAGCGCCGGCUCCAGGCCCAGCCAGUAAUCCCUCUAGCCUUCUCCAGUCGCCCCCGCCAUGUCCGAGGAGCUGGCCCCGGGUCCCCAGGAGAGCCCCCCGGCGCCGCGGGCGGGCCCCAGGGAGGUGUGGAAGAAGGGCGGUCGCCUGCUGUCUGUGCUGCUGGCCGCGAACGUGCUGCUCCUCGCCUGCACGCUCAUCAGCGGCGGAGCCUUCAACAAGGUGGCCGUGUACGACACAGACGUGUUCGCGCUACUCACUACGAUGAUGCUGCUGGCAAUGCUCUGGAUCCUCUUCUACCUCCUCCGAACCGUGCGCUGCCCCUGCGCGGUACCCUACCGGGACGCGCACGCUGGCCCCAUCUGGCUCCGAGGUGGACUGGUGCUGUUUGGGAUCUGCACCCUCAUCAUGGAUAUCUUCAAGACCGGCUACUACUCCAGUUUCUUUGAGUGCCAGUCAGCCAUAAAGAUCCUGCACCCUGUCAUCCAGGCUGUGUUUGUCAUCAUCCAGGUGGGUGGAGGAGUGUCGCUGUGUGGAAGAAAGGAGCUAACACUUGGCCAUUGGAAAGGACCCAACAAGGGAAUCGUGCACCAAUCCCACUCCUACAGCAGUUCUCACAGCAACGCCAGCCACGCCCAUCUCGCCUCUGACCAGCGUGCGGGCAACCCAGUCGGAGGAGACUCCUGCCUCUGCAGCACGGCUGUCUGCCAGAUCUUCCAGCAGGGGUACUUCUACCUCUAUCCCUUCAACAUCGAGUACAGCCUCUUCGCCUCCACCAUGCUGUACGUCAUGUGGAAGAAUGUGGGCAGAUUCCUGGCCUUCGCCCCUGGCCACAGCCACACCCCAUCCCCUCUCAGCCUCUUCCGGGAGACCUUUUUUGCUGGCCCGGUUCUGGGCCUGCUGCUCUUCGUGAUAGGACUGGCUGUCUUCAUCAUCUAUGAGGUUCAAGUGAGCGGGGGCGGGGGCCGCACCCGGCAGGCCCUGGUCAUCUACUACAGCUUCAACAUUGUCUGCUUGGGACUUACGACCUUGGUCAGCCUGAGUGGCUCCAUCAUCUACCGUUUUGACCGCCGGGCCAUGGACCACCAUAAGAACCCCACGCGCACCCUGGACGUGGCCCUGCUGAUGGGUGCCGCCCUGGGUCAGUACGCCAUCUCCUACUACUCCAUCGUGGCCGUGGUGGCGGGCACACCCCAGGACCUGCUGGCAGGGCUCGACCUCACCCAUGCGCUGCUCAUGAUUGCCCAGCACACCUUCCAGAACAUAUUUAUCAUCGAGAGCCUUCACCGAGGACCGCCCGGGGCUGAGCCUCACAGUACCCCCACCAAGGAACCUUGCCAAAACCUCACCUUCACCAACCUGGAUGCCUUCCACACCUUGCCUGCCUGCCCACCCACCCCCAGGCUGGUUAGCCCCAGCCCCGCAGACCAGCGAGAAGCAGUGGCCAUCAUCUCAGCCCCCAGAAGCCAAUGGAGACGCCGGUGCCUAAGAGACAUUUCUCUGUUUCUCCUGCUCUGCAAUGUCAUCCUGUGGAUCAUGCCUGCCUUCGGGGCCCGCCCUCACUUCAGCAACACAGUGGAGGUGGAUUUCUACGGUUACUCCCUCUGGGCAGCCAUCGUCAACAUCUGCCUCCCUUUCGGCAUCUUCUACCGCAUGCACGCCGUCUCCAGCCUGCUGGAGGUCUACGUGCUGUCCUGAGGCCUGCAACAGACGUGGGGGGCAGGAAGAGGGGGCUCAGCUCAUGUGCCCACUCAGAUACCCUCUGGAAAUGAAUCCCAGCUGGUGCCAUAUGACAGUCCAUUUCCUGCUGGUCCCAGAGUGGAAUUUUCACAAAAGUUAUUUUUCCAGGUUCAAUUUUUAAAUCACAAUCAGGACAGGCCCAUCCACCCCAGUAUGACCGUGGGGCAUGAGGUGACUGGGGAAGGGAGACCUCUCUUGGCAGCAUUGCUAGGACCCAAUGAGAUCUGGAAGUGCCGGCUCUGGCUCCCUCUCUAAUCCCAUCCUGUGGCCUGGCCAGUGCACUGCCUGGAGCUGGAAACCAAUAAACCUGUGAUUUGGCCCCA